AUGAUUCGGCGAGAAAUUCAGUCUGGACGAGAUUUCCAUGAACAGAUGAUGGGGCAGUCCAAUCAAAGACACGUCUUCCUUGUCGGAACUUUUCCUGCAAUUUUGGAGAAUCUAGACAAGGCAAAUGAGGUUCGUUCCGUUACCUGUUCUCACAGUCCACACUUACAGCUGCUAACAACUCCUUUAAGCCUCAAAGUGGAUCGAAGUAGUGCUUAUCGCUGCAGGGAUUCGGUUAUAGCAGUCGGAAUCGUGGUGCAAGUCAUUGCAGGCACAGCUCGCGGACUACAAAUGCGACACCGGGAGAAGAAGAACACCCUCCUCGACCAGUCAAUCAGGAGCUGUUUAUGCUACGCGGACUCUGCUAUGGUAGUGGUGUUCAAAGAUAAAGUCUCCGAGUACAGCAAUCCCGUUCCUACUAAGCCCAAGUUUAAACGAGGUCUUGAUUCUGUCAGACUAGUCAGUGGCAAGACGCACGAAGAGCUGGAGUUGUCUGAUGCUGCGGCGUUGGUGUAUCCAGAUUUAGAUCGGGUGGCAGCACAGGCAGUCAGAAGUGAGGGAGAUAUGGGAACGUCAUCCGGUAUGAAUGGACUUCAAGAAAAGUACCAGGGUGCUGGGGAAUGGGUCAGUGAUUAUAUGAAUAGAAAAGCGGAAGUCAUAUACGAGACCGAGCAUCCUGGCUCUUCCUUCGCUCUAUCUGCAUCUGCUGAGAAUCGUGCCUCGUUGAAGUCACGCUUGAACAAUCCCAAUCACCCAGCAGCAAACAGCGGUCACUGA